AUGAAGCGCGCACGGACCCCGUCACCCCUCAACACACCUCUCAGGCAUGAAGCCCUGGAUCCAUCGCCUUUCGAUGAACUUGGGGAAGUUGAUAUUGUCGACUACCCGAGUGGUGAUGCGGUCGGCCGGGUUCAUGAUGAGGACUGGCGAGACUUUGCAACGAACAUCAAUCCGCCCAGCGCGGACAGUGGUUUCCACAGAGAAGACGCGCAUUUUCGCGACGUCAGCGGUAGCCCAACGGCACAGACAUUCGAUGAGCGCCCCCAGUACCACGGCUCCAAUACUCAGCCUGCACGCUCACUUGGUCUCUAUGACGACCCAGACGACCUGGAUGCUCUACAGCUCCUUGCGGAAGAUUUUUGUCCACAACAGGUCAAUGUCGAGCCAGAGGAAGAGGACGACGGGUCCAUCUCCAUCAGCGCUGAUAGAGAUGCGUCAAACCUCUCACCGGCGACCAACCCUGCCGGCGACACCGCUCAAGUCGCGACGCCAGCGAUGUCUACUGGGAACAACCUUGGGCCUUGUCCCGGUCUCUCUGAGCCUCUGCACCCGAUGUUUGCACGAGCUUGUGAUCUCCCUGAUUUUCCGCCUCCUCGGCCUGCUUCCGACGUCUACGCUUCAGCCCACGAUCUGUGGUACAUCCGCUCCGUCCUCCUGCUCGUCGUCUUCCUACACACUCACCAUCACGUCACAUUCCAUGCUUGCAAUCUCACCCUCUCCACACUUCGCGUCAUAUUCCUGGCUCUUAAGCUCAUCAAUGCUGCCGAUCCCAUGCCCACGGCGCUUACGACCGCCCUCAAGAGGCUUGAUCUUACUGACCAUUUCCACGUGCUCAUUGAAUGCCCCCAAUGUCGACGCCUUUUCAAGCCGGAACUCGUCAACCGCCACAUGAAGUUUUCGGCUUCUUCGAGUGCCUUCAGUGCGUCGUACUCAUCGGGUGCUAUAUCGUUCUCAAUUCCUAAUCUGCCACCGGUGUUACGGUAUCACAUAGAGAACCUCAUCCUGAGCGCGAUGACUGAUGGUCCAAAGGAGCCUGACGCCGAGGAGGUACAGCAUUGGCUCAAGUUGGUCGUAGAUGACCUUCUCGUGCUGUUCUACCUAGGGAUAUUCGCGCCGACAGAGUCGCGCAAGGAUGGCCGACGUAUGAGGGUGGCCCUGGCGCUUGAGGACAAGAAGGAACAUGAUGAUUAUUUCAAGUCUUAUGGGUUGCGGUGGUCCGAGCUAAUGCGACUUCCUUACUACGACUGUGUCGCUAUGACGGUAAUUGAUCCGAUGCACAACCUGCUUCUCGGCGUGGUGAAACAUCAGUGGUAUACGCACUGGAUUAAGGGUGGUGCUUUGCGUGCUGAUGCGAAGGCGGGCACAAAGCAAGAACUGUCUGUGCUGCACAGAUUCCUCGACACGUUUGAGGCUCCUGAGUGGGUUGGCCGCCUUCCUCUGCGCGUCGGGGAGCCUGCAGGCGGUUCCCUCAUGGCAGACGAAUACAAGUUGAUGAUCAUUUGCCCAGGUAUGAUCAUCCUUCCGUUGAUAUGGAUCAAGUAUCUCCCAGAGGCUCUCAAGGACCAUGAAGGCGCGUACAAGAAAUACGAAGCAGCGCUGCGCAAGCACAACGACACCGCCCAGAAGCAUGAAUCCGAAAUCCAAGCCCUUCGCACUCAGGCCGCAUCCCCUGAUGUCGAUGCAAGACAGCACACCAAACUGGACAAAAGGAUCAAAGAGCUGGUGGCAAAGGCCCUGAAGGCACCGCUCAAACCCACCCCGCGCAUGCAGGAGGCUGAGGUGCCACUCAUGUUGUCUCUUGGCGGGGGGCUGAAGCUUCUUUUGGGUAGCUCGACGUCUGCAGAGCAACGUCUCCGUGGCGCAGGACUGCUCUUCUCAUAUCUGCAAGAAUUCAAGCGUAUUUAUGGGCUCGAUGCCAUGGUGCCGAACCAUCAUUUUGCGACACACAUCCCCUCGCAGCUCGAAGAGUUUGGGACUGUCUAUGAAAUCUGGGCCUUCCUUGCGGAACACCUCAACAAGACGCUGAAGAGCACUAACCAGAAUAACCGGCACAGAGGCCAACAAGAGGUCACGAUGAUGCGCGAGUUUGAUCGACACAUGCAAGUCCGGGCUAUUGUCGAACAUGCAUCCACGCUCCCACCAGACGCUUUUUUGGCGACACCGAUCGGCCUUGGGGUGCGCUCUGCACGAUCCGUGCAAACCGACGUCGCACUGUGCGACGAGGUCCUCAGGUGUGGCGCGACAUUUCUUGAUCCCACAGCCCACACCCUGAGCUACAUUGUUCUGGAUGGCCGGCGCAUCACUCCGAAGACAUCCUCAGGCAUUGUCAAGGUCUCGCUUCAAGACACCCUUACAUCGCAGGCGACGUAG